AUGAGCAUGUCAACCAGUCAUGCCACGCAGUCGAAGGGAGUGCUGAAAGUGGGAACAAGGCUAGUCAGCCAAACUGGGGCACUCUACUACAUAGAUCGAGUUCUCCAGCGCAGGACGGAACCCGACUUAUCAUGUGUCUAUCUGGCUACAGCUAUUAGAACCCAGGAUGGAAAGAAGCAUAUCAGUAAAAACAUCUAUCCCACUGAAUUCGAAUAUCAGUGGGGCCUACAGGCGCCUCUUGCAAGCUGCCCUGGCCUAAGAGUAGCGAAGGAUACUGUUCCUGAGCACCUCUUGUUCACAUAUGACUUCCUUACCGAAGAUCUACUCGGCCUAGCUAGGAAAGAUGGUUUUUCUUAUACAGCUAGAAAGAGAAUUCUGCGUGAUUCGCUAACUGGACUUGCCGCUUUACAUGAACGGGGCAUUUUGCACGGUGAUAUUAAGCCAAGCAACAUAUUUGUCGACUAUGACCUCGUUGAUGGCACAAUCAAAAUAGAGAGAGCUCAAAUUGGAGACCUGGAGAUGGGUUCCAUGAUUCCCCCUGGCGUAAAUGUUCGUGGUGCCCGGCUUUGA